AUGGAGGACCUGAUCUCGGGCGACGAGGACGACGACGACGUCAUCUCCAAGCCGUUGGGCGAGGGCACCCUCACAGAGGCCAGGCGCCUCGUGAGCAACCACACCAAGCGUGAGCAGGGGCAGCGCGUGGCGCUGCACACGGAGCCGACGCCGCUGAUCUCGCGCCCCACCACGCCCACCAUGGACCAGCGCCUCGACGACUACGUGCCGCAGCCGGCCAAGUACCGCGGCGGCAUCUUCGGCGCCCUGCUGAACCUGUACAGCACGCAGGGUGGCAUGGCGGGCGCCAUGGGCGGCGGCAGCAACGGCUAUGCCGGCCACCACCGCCUCGGCAGCAACGCCACCACCAUGUCGGCCAACACCAGCGGCACGCCCACGCCCGGCGGCGUCACGCCCGCCAUGACGCCGCAGCCGUCGCCGCCGCAGUCGGGCACCACGACGCCCGUGGGCCGGAAGCAGCGCCCCUGGUACGCGGGCGGCCACAGCACGAACCCGUCCAACUCGUCGCUGGCGCAGCUGGUGGGCUCCUCGUCGGUGCUGGCAUCGGCCGCCACGCCGGGCGAGAUGAACGACUCGAUGGCGGAGAAGCUGAAGCGCACGCCGCGGCCCGGCAUGGGCAAGCGCACGCGCAGCGGCGGCUCCAUCAAGGGCGCCAUGCACCGCCUGGGGCGCCCCCGCCUCGAGGACGAAAUCCGCAUCACGGUGCACAUCUCCGAGGUCAUGGCGCGCCAGCGCUACCUGCUCAAGCUGUGCCGCGCCAUGAUGCAGUACGGCGCGCCGACGCACCGGCUGGAGGAGUGCAUGAAGAUGAGCGCGCGCGUGCUCGAGAUCGAGAGCCAGUUCCUCUACAUCCCGGGGUGCAUGAUCAUCUCGUUUGACGACUCGACGACGCACACGACCGAGGUCAAGCUCGUCCGCUCCCAGCAGGGCGUCGAUCUCGGCAAGCUGCGCGACACGCACGCCUGCUACAAGGACGUUGUGCACGACCGCAUGGGCGUGGAAGAGGCGACGCAGCGGCUCGAAGAAAUCAUCAAGCGCCCCGCCAAGUACAAGGCGUGGUACCUGGUGGGCGUGUACGGGCUGGCGUCGGCAUGCGUGGGCCCGUUCGCCUUCCAAGCGCGGCUGAUAGACCUGCCCGUCGCGUUCCUGCUAGGCUGUCUGGUGGGCUACCUCCAGCUGAUCGCGGCACCGAGCUCGCACCUCUUCAACAACGUCUUCGAGAUCGCCGCGGCGGUCUUGACGUCCUUUUUCGCGCGCGCGUUCGGCUCCAUCCGCGGCGGCGAGCUGUUCUGCUUCGCCGCCCUCGCACAGAGCAGCAUCGCGCUGAUCCUGCCAGGCUACACGGUGCUCUGCGCCAGCUCGGAGCUGCAAUCCAAGCACAUUGUGGCGGGCUCGGUGCGCAUGGUCUACGCCAUCAUCUACUCGCUGUUCCUGGGCUUCGGCAUGACCAUCGGCAUCGUACUCUGGGGGCUCUUCGACAAAGACGCCACAUCCACAACCACCUGCUCGAACCAGAUGCCCGUGAACUGGACCUUCUGGUUCGUGCCCGCCUUCACCCUCUGCCUCUGCGUCAUCAACCAGGCCAAAUGGAAACAAGUCCCCGUGAUGGUCGUCAUCUCCUUCGUCGGCUAUAUCGUCAACCACUUCUCGUCGCUGCACUUCACGGGGAACACGCAAAUCAGCAGCACGCUGGGCGCGCUCGCCAUCGGCGCCAUGGCGAACCUGUACUCGCGGCUCGGGGGGAAAAUCGACAAUCUCGUCCUCGACAUCUACGAGACGUACAUGCGCCCGCGCAUCCGCUCCAUGCGGCGCCAAGCGCGCGGUCAACGCGCCUCUCUCGCCGCCGCCGCCAUCAACUCCGUCAAGCGCCCCGAAGACGCCAUUCCCGCGCCGCCGCCGCCAGCCCCCACCCCAGAGCCGUACAUGCCGCGCACGCGCAAGGUCGGCUACGGCCUCGCGGCCGCGGCCAUGCUGCCCGCCAUCUUCGUGCAGGUGCCGUCGGGCCUCGCCGUCAGCGGCAGCUUGGUCAGCGGCGUCACGUCGGCGAACCAGAUCACGCAUAACGCGACGGGCACGACGACGGCCACGAGCGGCAUGGACACGGCGAACGUCAACUCCGCCGCGCUCAGCGUGGGCUACUCGGUCAUCCAGGUCGCGAUUGGCAUCACCGUCGGCCUCUUCCUCAGCGCGCUGGUCAUCUACCCCUUCGGCAAGAAGCGCAGCGGCUUGUUCAGCUUCUAG